GGAAGCGACAGUGAGUACGAGGUCGACCCGAGCCCCCAGAAGGCCCACUCUUUUGUCAACCACUACAUCAGUGACCCCACCUAUUACAACUCCUGGAGGCGGCAGCAGAAGGGGAUCUCGCGGGCCCAGCAGGCCUCCAGCUACACGGAGAGCGGUCCCGGCGAGCCAGACCCCACCGCCCUGCCCAGCGGCAGCAGCGCCCAGCAGGGCAGCCUCUUUCGGCCCAAGGCCAGUCGGACCCCAACGCCCCAAAACCCCCCGAACCCCCCGAGUCAGCAGAGCACCCUCUACCGUCCCCCCAGCAGCCUCGCCCCUGGCUCCCGGGCUCCUAUAGCAGGAUUCUCAUCAUUCGUUUGAUGUCAUCCUCGUUGUCGGAAGAGGAAGAAGAAAGAAAACACAGCACCAAACUCCCCUUCCGCCCCUCCUCGCACCGCCUGCCAGAAAACAGAAACACCAAGAAACCAAGUCAACUUUUCACCUCCUGAGUUUAUUUUUCCAGAGAUUCCAGGGCCAGCAAAGCCAGUGUUGAGAAAGAUGGAGAAAAACCACAAGAGGACGUGUGUGGCUUCGAGAUUGUGCGGUUUGCUGCUCCUUCGGGGGGCUGAGCAGAGUAGGGGGGCUGGC